AUGUCUCUGUCGUCUCCUUCUCCUUCUUCUGCUUCACCGGUCUUGGUUUUUGCAAUUGCUUCCGCUUUUUAUGUGUGCUUGGCUGGGGUAGUACAAGCUCAAAUCCCUCCUACAGAUCCUUCCGAAGCGAAAGCUUUGAAUUCAAUCUUCAACAAAUGGAAUAUAUCGCCAGUAGAAACUGUAUGGAAUAUAAGCGGCGAGAUAUGCAGCGGACAAGCCGUCAACAACGCUACCUCCAUUGAUGAUUUCUUCAGUCCAUUUAUCAAAUGCGACUGUUCCAGUGGCACCACUUGCCACAUUUAUGCACUGAGUCUUUAUCAACAGGACGUUGUUGGCCAAAUCCCACCAGAGCUGUGGACUUUCACUCACCUCACCUAUUUGAACCUAAGCAGGAAUUACUUGACGGGUUCUGUAGCUCCAGCCAUCGGAAAUCUAAGUCGGCUGCAGUCCUUGGGUUUGGGUGACAAUGCUCUAUCUGGGAAGCUUCCAAAGGAACUGGGAAGUCUUACUGAGUUAGUAUCAUUGAGUCUUGGAACAAACAACUUCUCAGGUCCUAUCCCUUCCAAACUAGGCAAUCUAGUGAAAUUGAAAGAACUCCUCCUAGAUAGUACGGGAUUUAGUGGUCCGAUUCCUUCAACUCUGGCUAAUCUUAAAAACCUGGAAAUGCUAUGGGUUACAGACUUGGAGCACGCAGGAAGUAUACCUGACUUCAUAGGAAGUUUGUCUAACCUUACAGACUUGAGGCUCCAGUGUAAUUCUUUCCAAGGCUCAAUACCAUCAUCAUUGGGCAAUUUGACUUCUCUUAGGAAGCUAUAUUUGAAGAAUAACAAUAUUUCUGAUUCACUUCCCUCCAAUAUGGAUGAAUUAUUUCCGAUGUUGACCCACUUGGAUUGGCGCUUCAACAAUAUCAUGGGACAGAUUCCAAAUUCACUUUUUCGCAUGCCUCAACUAGAAAUAUUGUGCCUAGGGAAUAAUGCUCUUAGUGGUACUAUCCCUACCCAUAUAAUCUUGCCUACUCUUAAAAACAUUGGUCUUCCUUUUGGACACGAAUGCCUGCAGAAAAAUUUUCCCUGUUAUCGUGGUCCUGGAAGGUAUUCCAAUUUUGCAAUCAAGUGUGGUGGUCCUUCAAUUACAUUAUCAGAUGGAACUAAAUAUCAAGGUGAAGACGAGGAACUUGAUCUUACUACUUCUGUUGUCACUGACUCAACAUGGGCAGUUAGCAAUGUGGGGUUCCCCCGUACUCUAUCGGCCUCUAAUUCUUUGCCUAGCCAGUUCACUGCUACUAUAGACCCAGAUCUCUUCCACACUGCCCGUGGGUCUACUGAUUCAUUAAGAUAUUAUGGCCUGGGGCUGCAAAAUGGGGAUUACCAAGUCACCCUUGAUUUUGUAGAAACAUCUUUUCCCAAUGAUAAGACAUGGAAAAGUCUAGGAAGACGAGUAUUUGAUAUAUAUCUUCAGGGAAGCCAUGUUUUGAAGGAUUUUGACAUAAGAAGGGAAGCAGGAGGGGCCUCAUUUAGGCCUGUAAGAAAGGAAUUUCAGGUUCAAGUGACAGAAAACUAUAUUGAGGUCCAUCUUAAUUGGGCUGCAAAGGGAACUCGCAACAUACCAGAAGUUGAUACUUGUGGUCCUCUGAUAUCAGCCAUCAAAGCAACCAAAGAUUUCAGACCUCCUAACAGAACCCACCUAACUGUGGGAAUUAUUGUUGCCACCGUAGCUGCUGUAAGCUUUUUGUCUAUUCUUGUGGUUUUAUAUAUUCGGAGAAGAAAGAAUCAUGGAGAUGGCGAUGAUGAUCUUUUAGGUAUUGAUACCAAGCUGUAUACUUUCAACUAUUCUGAGUUAAAAAAUGCUACAAAUGACUUCAAUCCUAGCAAGAAGCUGGGAGAGGGAGGUUUUGGACCUGUAUAUAAGGGAACACUUAAUGAUGGAAGAGUAAUUGCUGUGAAAAGACUAUCUGUAAAAUCUCAUCAAGGAAACAAUCAGUUCAAAGCAGAGAUUGCUACUAUAUCAGCUGUGCAACAUCGUAAUCUUGUCACAUUAUAUGGAUGUUGUAUUGAAGGAAAUAAAAGACUACUUGUCUAUCAGUAUCUAGAAAAUGGGAGUCUUGAUAACGCCUUAUUUAGAAAUAAUUUUACUCUCAACUGGCCCACUCGUUAUGAUAUCUGCAUUGGCGUAGCAAGAGGCUUAGCAUACCUUCAUGAAGAGUCCCGGCUCCGCAUUGUGCAUCGUGAUAUAAAGGCUAGUAAUGUUCUGCUUGAUCAUGGCCUUCUCCCUAAAAUAUCAGAUUUUGGUUUGGCUAAGUUGUAUGAUGAUAAAAUGACCCAUAUAAGCACUGGUGUAGCUGGGACAAUUGGCUAUCUUGCUCCGGAGUAUGCCCUGCGUGGUCACCUUACAGAGAAAGCAGAUGUGUUUUCCUUUGGUGUUUUGGCCUUAGAGAUAGUUAGUGGGAGGCGAAAUUCUGAGCCAAGUUUGGAAGAAGACAAGGUGUAUCUUCUAGAAUGGGUUUGGCAACUGCAUGAAGAGAAUCGUACAGUUGAAGUGGUAGAUCUGAGACUAUUAUCAGAUUUCAAUGAGGAAGAAGUUAAGAGAAUGGUAGGGAUAUCUCUUCUGUGCACGCAGGCAUCACCAUCGUUAAGGCCGGCAAUGUCCCGUGUGGUGGCGAUGCUUUCUGGAGAUAUAGAAGUGAGCACUGUAACUUCAAAGCCUGGAUACCUGACGGACUGGAAAUUUGAUGAUGUGAGCAGCUUCAUGACUAGUCGAGUGGCAAAGCAAUCAGAAGCAACUCAAUACGACUUAGCAACAAGUGCUAGCAGUGUCAGCCGCCACCCAAACCAAUCACCUGUUGAUGCUUCUAAACCCAUCCUUCAGUAA